AUGUCACAGCAAAGUUCUGAAGAUUCUAAACUUGCUAUAGAGGAAAGGUCUAAGAAGUUAGAGGACUCUAAGUCUGAGCUUAAUACUUCGAAUCUUGGAAGGAAAUCAGGAUUGGCACUGAACAGCAUUAAUCAAAAUAUUUCACAGAAAAAUAUAGCUAUUGAAGGUUUAGAUAAAAAUUCUAAUGAUGGCAAGCUGAGCAAUGCAAUAGAGAGCAAUAGUGUUCCUGCCAAAAGAGAACUAUUGAAAAAACUUGCUGAAGUAUGAGGAAUCACUUUUUACUGUAAUAUUUCAACUAUUGAAUUUGACCUAGAGGAGCAUGCCAAAGAAAUACUCAAUGAUACUACUAAGGAAAGUCAUGACAUCCAAAUCAGAGAUGAUGGUCAAAGAGCAGGCGAAGAGAUCACCCUUUAUGAUUCAUUGAACAAAACUAUGUAUCAUACUGUAUUUAGCAGGCUCUCAAGGAAAGAGAUUGAAUCAAUGCUAGGAUUAGUCAAGAAAUCUCAUUCGAAUGGUAAAUAUAGAAAGAUGAGAAUACUUCCCCAUUCAAUAAAGCAGAUUCAGGAGGCACUUGAGAAGGCUCAUAAUGGAAAGGAACUAAGUCAAUCUCAGACAGACCAAAACGACUAUUGCCAGAAACGCUCACAGGAAUUUUCAGAAUCAGAUAGUAACACUCGUAGUCCUUAUGGGAAAUUAUUACGAAAUUUGCAACAAAGUCAAGGCCUGAAUCUAAGCUUGAAGGAUAAGUACUUCACCAAAGCUACUGACUCUUCUCGCGGUGAAGAAUCUCAUGGGAAUAAUGAACUCAAACGAAUUAAAAAGAAGCAACAAAAAAUGAGGAAACAAUACCAGGAAGCCCAAAGGAUAAAUGAUAUUAAACUCCAACAAUUCAUGAAGCGCCAGCGUGAGAUUAAGAGCCGCAACGAUACCAGCAGCCAGAUAUCUAGCUUAAAGGACCAGAUAAGUGCAGCUAUCACCAGAUCGAAUGAAAGGAAAAAGCAAGGAAUUCAUCAGGAUAUAGAUUCUAAGAAAAUAAUGCAGAAUAUUCAUACGAACAUCUCCUUCCCUUCUAUUAAGAAACUGCCUAAAUCUAGGAACAAAGGUGCCGCAGGAGGUUUCAAGAUGAGAAGUAUGAAGAUUCGACUAACAGCUAAUAAGAGUGCAUCUCCAAGUAAAAAUACUCCUGUUGGCCAAGGAGAUUUUACUAGAUUGAGGUACAAGCUGAGCAAGAAGAAAAGAAAGAUUAAUAAAGAUCUUAGUUCUCAAAUGAGUUACUCCAGGAAUAGUUUUGAUCAAAGAAGGAAGCUCCAGAAGUCGCAUACUCCGAAUAUUUAUGUGGAAAAUGCUUAUAUCGCUCAAAAGAGCAUGGAAAACAUAAAGUCAGGGAAGGUCUCUAGGAGGAUUAUGAAUAACCCUGUUUUGACAAGAAGUCAUACUAAUGAAAAACCUCCAAGAGCGACCAAAUUUAAUAGCUACAGAGAUGUAGAGCAUCUUGGCAGGAGUCUGAAGAGAGAUAGCGGGUAUAAUAAGUUUCUGAAGCGACUGAGUAACCGGAGAGUUAAGCCAACAAAGACUUCUGUACAAACAAGUGCUAGCAAGAGAAGCUUACACGUCAAGAAUAAUGGGAUUGAUACUUGUGACUAUCUCUUGCAGAGAAGAAUUGAGCGAGAGAUCAAGCCUACUAGCAGAUGGAAGCUUAGGAAUAAAUGCUUACGAGAAUGAGGCAAAAAUUUUGAUUUUUACAAAAUCCAUCAUAAGGCUAAAGAAGUUACUAGAAAAGCACUUCUAAUAGAAGAGAGGAUACUAGAAAAUCAAAGUGAGCAGGAGAAAAUGAAACAAACUCAUGAAGUCGAUACAAUGCUGAUCGAUUCCUUAAAGGCAAAGAUAGCUCUACUAAACAACCUAUCCUCUAAACACCCCCCAUAAACACCCCUCUAUAAUUUCUCAACAUUCUCUUC